AUGGCCUCUAUCCCACCUCCUCCACCUCCAGGAUGGAAUGCUGGGCCACCGCCACCUCCUGGCAUGGCUCCCCCUCCGCCUGGCUAUCGACCUCCUGUCGAUCCCCAAGUCGCAAAAUUUGCGCAGAAGAAGAAAGAGUGGCUUCGGACCCAGCGCAAUCGAUAUGGCGAGAAGCGGAAGGGCGGCUUCGUUGAGACCCAGAAGGCAGACAUGCCACCCGAGCACUUGCGAAAGAUUGUCAAAGACAUCGGAGAUGUCAGUCAGAAAAAAUUCAGCAGUGACAAGAGAAGUUAUUUGGGCGCGUUGAAGUACAUGCCACAUGCGGUUUUGAAGCUCCUGGAGAAUAUGCCGAUGCCCUGGGAGAGUGCCAGGGAGGUCAAAGUAUUGUAUCAUGUCAACGGAUGUCUGACACUGGUCAACGAGAUCCCAAGAGUGAUUGAACCAGUCUUUCACGCACAGUGGGCUACGAUGUGGGUGUCGAUGAGAAGAGAGAAGAGCGACAGGCGACACUUCAAGCGGAUGCGAUUUCCUCCUUUCGAUGAUGAAGAACCACCACUAUCUUGGUCUGAGAACAUCGAAGAUGUUGAGCCACUUGAACCGAUCCAAAUGGAGCUGGAUGAGAACGAAGAUGGUCCAGUGUAUGAAUGGUUCUACGAUCACCGACCCCUCUUGGAUACGCCGCAUGUGAACGGCCCUAGUUACAAGACGUGGAACUUGACAUUGUCUCAGAUGGCCACUCUAUACAGAUUAUCACACCAACUCCUCAGCGAUGUGGUCGACAAGAACUACUUUCACAUGUUUGAUCGAGAAAGUUUUUUCACGGCCAAGGCGCUCAACGUUGCGAUUCCCGGCGGACCGCGUUUUGAGCCUCUCUACAAAGACAUUGAUCCAAACGACGAGGACUUUGGCGAGUUCAAUGCGAUUGACCGAAUUAUCUUCCGAGCACCGAUCAGAACAGAAUACAGAGUCGCAUUUCCGUAUUUGUACAACUCACUACCACGGAGUGUGAAGCUUUCAUGGUAUUCCCACCCUCAGGUUGUCUAUGUGAGGUCGGAGGACCCGAACUUGCCUGCUUUCUACUUCGAUCCUGUCAUCAAUCCUAUCUCCUCCAGGUCAGUCGCACCGAAAAACGUCACCAUGAGCCACGAAGACGAAAUUUUCGGAAUUGGCAAUAAUGAAGACGAUGAGUUCGAGCUUCCGGGAAAUGUCGAGCCGUUCCUUGCGGACGAAGAAUUAUACAACAACGAGACUGCCUCUGCUAUAGCCUUAUGGUGGGCUCCAUUCCCAUUCGAUAGAAGAUCUGGUGGGAUGGUUCGGGCUCAAGACGUCCCACUGGUGAAGCAGUGGUAUCUGGAACAUUGCCCACCUGGCCAACCAGUCAAAGUCCGAGUUUCGUACCAGAAGUUGCUGAAGACGUAUGUUCUAAACGAGCUGCAUAAGAAGAAACCAAAGGCACAAAACAAACAGAAUCUUCUCAGGGCUUUGAAAUCCACCAAAUUCUUCCAGCAAACCACCAUUGACUGGGUUGAGGCUGGUUUGCAGGUGUGUCGCCAAGGGUUCAAUAUGCUAAAUCUGUUGAUUCAUCGAAAGAAUUUGACUUAUCUGCACUUGGACUACAACUUCAAUCUGAAGCCUGUCAAAACCCUGACCACCAAGGAACGAAAGAAGUCCAGAUUCGGAAAUGCUUUCCAUCUGAUGCGCGAGAUUUUGAGGCUCACCAAGCUCAUUGUCGAUGCGCAAGUCCAGUAUCGACUCGGCAACAUCGAUGCAUUCCAAUUGGCCGACGGUAUUCUCUACGCUUUUAACCAUGUCGGACAGCUCACUGGUAUGUACCGGUACAAGUAUAAGCUUAUGCAUCAAAUUCGAUCGUGCAAAGAUUUGAAACAUCUGAUCUAUUACCGUUUCAAUUCUGGUCCCGUGGGCAAGGGUCCUGGAUGUGGCUUCUGGGCCCCUGCCUGGCGAGUGUGGCUUUUCUUCAUGAGAGGAAUCAUUCCCCUACUUGAGAGAUGGCUUGGAAAUCUAUUGUCAAGACAAUUUGAAGGUCGUCAUAGCAAAGGCGUUGCAAAAACCGUUACAAAGCAACGAGUCGAGUCACAUUUCGACCUCGAGCUUCGUGCCUCCGUCAUGGCUGAUUUGAUGGACAUGAUGCCCGAGGGUAUCAGACAAAACAAGGUCAACACCGUGCUUCAACAUCUCUCAGAGGCAUGGCGGUGCUGGAAGAGUAACAUCCCAUGGAAAGUUCCUGGCUUGCCAGCGCCAAUCGAGAACAUCAUCCUGAGAUAUGUGAAGAGCAAAGCCGACUGGUGGAUAUCUGUCGCUCAUUACAACCGGGAAAGGAUCAGGAGAGGUGCCACCGUGGACAAGACCGUCGCUAAGAAAAACCUUGGACGCUUGACCAGACUCUGGUUGAAGGCGGAGCAAGAGAGACAGCACAACUACAUGAAAGAUGGGCCAUAUGUGUCUUCAGAGGAAGCCGUGGCUAUCUACACCACCACGGUGCACUGGCUUGAGUCGCGGAAAUUUUCACCCAUUCCGUUCCCUAGUGUAUCUUACAAGCAUGACACAAAGAUCCUCAUUCUGGCUCUCGAAAGACUUAGGGAAGCAUACUCAGUCAAGGGCCGCCUGAACCAGAGUCAGAGAGAAGAGCUUGCGCUGAUUGAACAGGCGUACGAUUCUCCAGGAACAACGUUGGCGAGAAUUAAACGCUUUUUGCUCACUCAGCGUGCCUUCAAAGAGGUGGGAAUUGACAUGAACGAUAACUACAGCUCAAUCAACCCUGUAUAUGAUGUUGAGCCCAUCGAGAAAAUCACCGAUGCAUAUCUGGAUCAAUAUCUCUGGUAUCAAGCAGAUACUCGACAUCUCUUCCCCUCAUGGGUCAAACCUUCAGACUCCGAAGUCCCCCCAUUGUUGGUUUACAAAUGGGCUCAAGGCAUCAACAAUUUGACUAAUGUCUGGGAAACUGCAGACGGCGAAUGCAAUGUCAUGAUGGAGACCCAGCUCUCUAAAGUCUACGAGAAGAUCGAUCUGACUCUGCUCAACCGUCUUCUUCGACUUAUCAUGGACCACAAUUUGGCGGAUUACAUUACUUCCAAGAACAACGUUCAACUCAACUAUAAAGACAUGAAUCACACAAACAGCUAUGGGAUGAUUCGAGGUCUACAGUUCUCUGGAUUCGUCUUCCAAUACUACGGAUUAGUCAUCGAUCUGCUUUUACUUGGUCUGCAACGAGCCAGUGAGCUUGCCGGACCACCUCAGAGCCCAAAUGACUUCCUCCAGUUCCGGGACCGAGGGACGGAGACCAGACAUCCCAUUCGACUGUACACCAGAUACAUUGACAAGAUUUGGGUCUUCUUCCGAUUCACUGCCGAGGAGUCAAAGGACCUUAUCCAACGCUUCUUGACUGAGCAGCCAGAUCCAAAUUUUGAAAACGUGAUCGGCUACCGAAACAAGAAAUGCUGGCCUCGCGACUCGAGAAUGAGGUUGAUGAGACACGAUGUCAACCUUGGGCGUGCUGUAUUCUGGGAUCUGAAGAACAGACUGCCUCGAUCCAUUACCACUAUCGAAUGGGAUGACACUUUCGCGAGUGUCUACUCUCGCGACAACCCCAAUUUACUAUUUUCUAUGUGUGGCUUCGAAGUCCGGAUCUUGCCCAAGAUUCGGAAUCAGAACGAUGAAUUUCCGGUAAAGGACAGUGUCUGGGCUCUUGCCAAUAACGAGACCAAGGAACGCACGGCUUUUGCCUUCUUGCAGGUAACAGAAGAGGACAUACAAAAGUUCAACAACCGCAUCAGACAGAUCUUGAUGUCCUCAGGCUCCACUACUUUCACGAAGAUUGCAAACAAGUGGAACACGACGUUGAUUGCGCUAUUCACCUACUAUCGGGAAGCCGCAGUCUCGACUGUAAAUCUACUGGACACCAUUGUGAAGUGCGAGACCAAGAUCCAAACCCGUGUCAAAAUCGGCCUCAAUUCCAAGAUGCCUUCUCGAUUCCCGCCGGCAGUCUUCUACACUCCCAAAGAACUUGGCGGCUUAGGCAUGAUUUCCGGGUCGCACAUUCUCAUCCCUACUAGCGAUAAACGAUGGUCCAAGCAGACUGACACAGGCGUGACACAUUACCGUGCCGGUAUGUCUCAUGAUGAAGAAACUUUGAUUCCCAACAUUUUCCGGUACAUCAUUCCUUGGGAGGCUGAGUUUAUUGACUCACAACGCGUGUGGACUGAGUACUCGCAGAAAAGAAUGGAGGCCAAUCAACAAAAUCGCAGACUUACUCUUGAAGAUCUUGAGGACAGCUGGGACAGAGGUUUACCGCGAAUCAAUACUCUGUUCCAGAAAGACAGGAGCACGCUGAGUUUCGACAAGGGUUUCAGAGCACGUACUGAGUUCAAACAGUACCAACUGAUGAAGAGCAACCCCUUCUGGUGGACCAGUCAGCGACACGAUGGAAAGUUGUGGAAUCUGAACGCUUAUCGAACCGAUGUUAUUCAAGCAUUGGGUGGUGUCGAGACUAUCCUCGAACACACGCUCUUCAAAGCUACAGCAUUCCCAUCCUGGGAGGGCCUUUUCUGGGAACGCGCCUGUCUCGCCAAUGGGACUAUGCUGCUGCGCUACGAUGGCUCUAAGGUCGCCGUCGAAAACGUCGUGGAAGGAGAUCUACUUCUGGGCCCCGACGGUGGUCCUCGUCGCGCAUUCAAUGUCGUGAAAGGAACAGAUCGUCUGUAUCGCAUCAAGAUUGGUUCUCGUAAAGAGGAUCUCGUUGUUACACCGAACCACAUCUUGGUUCUACACCGGGAGAAAAGGUACAGGAACCAAUACACCGGGUUACACUUUCGGGGUCAUCGUCGACGCUUUGAGGACCAGCUUGGCGACCUGCCCGAGCCCAGCUGUGAUCUAGCGGAUGCAGAUCGACCUAAGAAUCUCGUCAAAAAGCGACCAGACUUUUUGUCUGCUUUGAAGAGUGCCAUCGCCUGGGUGCUUAGUGCCGAACGGGGCAAGAACGGAGCGGAUCAUGUCCGAAAUAGGCGCAAUGAUACUACCGGUAUUACUACUCGCCAGGAGUCUUAUAUCGUCAGUAUCCCCGCUGGCCGAGGCAGCCGAGGAGAAUACGCGACCUUCACAUGGGGAAAACCUGAGCGAACGAAUCUCAAGGGGCACGACAAACACCCGCCAGUCUUCUUCUCGACGAAAGAAGAAGCCUUCGCUGCUGCUGUCGCCAAGAGUCGCGAGAUUCAUGACCAAGGUGAUGUGACUCUAGCGACCCUUAUUCAACGUUUCUUGGCUAAAUCUACCGAUGGCAAGGGCGGAGAGAUACGGAUUGAUACGGGCCUGUCGAACCUGUUUCUUCUCUGGAAUAAGAACGGCUCAAACCUCAAGAUACGAGUGUCCUGUUCUCGCAAUUACGUGAAGUACGCACGCAGCUACACUUUCCCAUUGCUGCCGGGCUCGGACGAGGAGCGCAAUCUUGAGGAGAACGAUCUAGAAGAAGAUGAGGCCGUUCUCAAAGGUCCUUCGGCUGCGCCACAGGUCUCGACCGCUGAGCGCUACGAUACGGUUGAGAUGACUGCUGCCCAAUUCGCAUCUCUAGAGCCGGCAGAGAGGGCCAAAUACAGGCUCUUCAGAUGUCCCGGUUUUGAGCUGCCUGCGCAGAAUGUGCCAGUCAACCCCUAUUUUCUCGGGCUUUGGCUAGGAGAUGGGAAGCGUAACAGCACUACCAUCUACAGUAACCAUGAAGCUGCGAUUCGGGAGUUUCUUGCCUGUUACGCGGCUGAACUCGAUCUUCAUCUUGUUUGGCAUGGGCAGCUCGGUUACGCUACUGUGAGCAAGACUUGCCACGGUGAUCGAUCCCUUCCUCCCGUUGUUGAAGACAUAGGACCUCAGCGUCCAGCCAGGCGUCGAGCGCGGCAGACUAUUAUCAAGCAGCGGCUUGCUGCUGGAUGGACAAUCCAGCCAGAGCAUAUACCUGGCCAGGCCCGAGUUUGGAAAUCGCCUCCUAGAGAUAUCAGUGACCCCAUCGAAUGUUCUGAGUCAUCCGAACAGCGGCAUGGAGCAAAGCAUACCCUGAGCUCGAGCCUUGCAAGCUUCCCAGAGCGUCAGCAGCGCCUUCGGGCGAUGUCUGAUCGCGACUUCCCAUCGUCUUUUCCUUCUGUUGGCAAUGAAGAACCCAAUUCGCAAUCUGCCAAGCUGACUUCUGAAGAGGCUCUGACGCAGCUCAAGUCCGAUGAAGAGCUUAUGAAGCUCGUCGGUCUUUCCGAGGUGCCUGAACAGCCAACGCUUGCUGAUGACCUGCCAGAGGAGGAAAAUGAGGAUGUCGACAACAUGGACUUGGACAUGAUUGAUGCUCUCAGUGAGGACGAAGAUGAAGAAGGUGAAAAGGGUGAAAUUGACGGCGUCAACGAGAGCAGCAACGAUGGGAGCAUCCAGAUCGCCGUUGAAGGAUAUAAUGGCCGGACAUCACGCUUCAAACGGCGACAUGUUACUCGUUUGCAAGCUGGUCGCCGAGCGUACGGUGAUUUACAGCAGAACGAGGAGGAAGGACUUGCCGAUAAGAUCGUUGACCCUUCUGAAAACUCGUCUGGUGUUAAUUCGCUUCUCCGCGCGCUCCGCGGACUCGGAUUGCUCACGAACGGAGCUACAGGCCACGGGCUUGAUAGAAAGCGUAUCCCGGAGGUCUUUAUGAAGAAUACACGAGCUGUUCGCCUAGCCGUCCUUGCAGGACUGCUCGACACGGACGGCUGGCACGUUUAUCCCGAGAACAUGUUCGGCUUCAGCCAAAGCGAGCGCUGGCACUCUGAUCUUUUUUGGGAUACUGUUGCCCUAGCACGUUCACUGGGCUUCAGCGUACGGACUAAGCGGUGCAUGAUGUGGAAUCCAACCUGUACGCAACAAUUUCCUCAACUGUUCGCUCAGAUAUUUGGCAAUCUGGCGGAGAUUCCCUGCCUCCUCGCGCGCAAGAAACCAGUUGACCGUUUCAUCCCACAAGUCCCACGAGCCCACAGCUUUAUCAUCAAGGACAUCUUCCUCGAAUCUGAGCCCACGAAAUGGGCUGGUUUCCGGGUCGAUAAGGACCAGCUAUACUUGCGACAUGAUUAUCUUGUGCUCCACAACAGUGGCUUCGAAGAGUCGAUGAAAUUCAAGAAACUGACAAACGCCCAGCGAUCGGGUUUAAAUCAAAUUCCUAACCGUCGUUUCACACUCUGGUGGUCACCAACUAUCAAUCGUGCAAAUGUCUACGUCGGCUUCCAGGUCCAGCUCGAUCUGACUGGUAUUUUCUUGCAUGGCAAGAUUCCAACGCUGAAGAUCUCCUUGAUUCAGAUUUUCAGAGCCCAUUUGUGGCAGAAGAUCCAUGAGUCGGUGGUUAUGGAUCUGUGCCAGGUGUUCGAUCAAGAGUUAGAACAACUGGGCAUUGAAACCGUUCAGAAAGAGACUAUUCAUCCUAGAAAAUCGUACAAGAUGAACAGUUCUUGCGCAGAUAUCCUCCUGUUUGCCAGCCAUAAGUGGAACGUCACUCGACCAUCCCUCCUGUUCGAUACCAAGGACCAGAUUGAGGCUACGACCACCAACAAAUUCUGGAUCGACGUUCAACUGAGAUAUGGCGACUACGAUUCACACGAUAUUGAGCGCUAUGUCCGAGCUAAAUAUCUCGAUUACACAACAGACAGCAUGAGUAUUUACCCUUCUGCUACUGGUCUCAUGAUUGGUAUCGAUCUCGCUUACAACCUCUACUCUGCUUACGGACAAUACUUCCCCGGGUUAAAGGCCCUCGUACAGCAGGCCAUGGCCAAGAUUAUGAAAGCGAAUCCCGCGCUUUAUGUGCUGCGCGAGCGCAUUAGGAAAGGCCUUCAGCUUUACGCCUCAGAGAGCUCCCAGGAGUUCUUGAAUUCUCAGAAUUAUUCAGAAUUGUUCAGUAACCAGACCCAGCUGUUUAUCGAUGACACGAAUGUGUAUCGUGUUACUAUUCACAAGACCUUCGAAGGUAAUUUGACAACCAAGCCAAUCAACGGCGCCAUUUUCAUCUUCAAUCCCAAGACUGGUCAGCUGUUCUUGAAGAUCAUUCACACAAGCGUUUGGGCGGGUCAAAAACGACUUGGACAACUAGCCAAGUGGAAGACUGCUGAAGAAGUUGCGGCGCUGAUUAGAUCUCUGCCCGUCGAAGAACAACCCAAGCAGCUGAUUGUGACACGUAAAGGUCUCCUUGACCCGCUCGAAGUUCACCUUCUGGAUUUCCCGAACAUUUCUAUCAGAGCUUCGGAAUUGCAACUCCCAUUCCAGGCUGCGAUGAAGGUUGAAAAGCUGGCUGACAUGAUUCUUCAAGCCAAAGAGCCGCAGAUGGUCCUGUUCAACUUGUAUGACGAAUGGCUGAAGACAAUCUCGUCUUAUACGGCAUUUUCGAGAUUGAUUCUUAUCCUUCGUGCACUGCAUGUCAACACUGACAAAACCAAACUGCUGCUUCGGCCUGACAAGACUGUUAUUACGCAAGCACAUCAUAUCUGGCCAAGUUUGUCGGAUGAAGAUUGGAUCAAGGUGGAAGUUCAACUGCGCGACCUCAUCCUAAACGACUACGGAAAGAAGAACAACGUCAAUGUUCAGUCACUCACUAGCAGCGAAGUGCGAGAUAUCAUUCUAGGUAUGGAAAUCUCUGCUCCAUCCAUGCAACGACAACAAGCCGCGGAGAUCGAAAAGCAGCAACAAGAACAACAACAAUUGACUGCGGUGACCACUAAGACUCAAAACGUUCGAGGCGAGGAAAUCAUUGUGACGACCACUUCUCAAUAUGAGCAACAGUCUUUCGCAUCCAAGACAGAAUGGCGAACUCGAGCCAUUGCCGCAUCCAACCUCCGCACUCGAUCAAACAACAUCUACAUCUCGAGCGACGAUAUCCACGAGUCCGAUGAUUCAUACACAUAUAUCCUUCCUAAGAACAUCCUGAAGAAAUUCAUCACGGUUGCCGACCUUCGUGUCCAAGUCGCAGGAUACCUCUACGGCUCCUCGCCACCCGACAAUGACCAAGUCAAGGAAAUCCGCACAAUCGUCAUGGUACCUCAAGUUGGCAGCACCCGCGAAGUCCAACUGCCCCAACAACUUCCGCAGCACGAGUACUUGAAAACCAUGGAACCUCUCGGCAUCAUCCACACCGCCUCCGGCAACGAAACAUCCUAUAUGACCGCCGCAGACGUCACCAUGCACUCGCGUCUCAUGGCCCAGCACCCGUCAUGGGACAAGAAGACCAUCACGCUCACCGUCUCUUUCACCCCUGGCUCAGUAUCGCUGUCGUCCUGGGCCCUCACUCCCGCCGGCUACACCUGGGGCGCCAACAACAAGGACACACAAUCUGACAACCCAUCGGGCUUCUCUACCUCGUUUGGUGAGAAGACGCAGCUCUUGCUGUCUGACAAGAUCCGGGGGUACUUCCUGGUCCCGGAGACGGAGACGUGGAAUUACAGUUUCAUGGGCGCCAGCUUUUCGACCGUCGAGAAGAGGCCUGUCUAUGUCAAGAUCGAUACUCCCCGGCGUUUCUACGACGAUAGACAUCGCCCUGUGCAUUUUAGCAGUUUCAAUGAGUUGGAGGAUAUUUGGGCCGAUCGCGAGGAUGUCUUUGCUUGA